AUGUUGAAGAAACGAGGAAAACAUGUUCAUGUAGUUGAAAGUUUUCCAUCAAAUGUUAAACCAACAGUAGAAACGACAACAACAACUACAACAACAACACAACCAAAAUUAGUAGCUAAUAACGCACCAGCAGCAGUUUCUUCUAUUCCAACACAAUCAUCUUAUUAUCCAAUGUCAUAUACAACUUAUGUAGAUCCGAAUACUGGUCUUACUUAUGCUUAUGAUCCUAAUUGGCAAUAUAAUCCAUCUGCAACAGGAGUUACCUAUGAUUAUUCAUCUUAUUAUACCAAUCCUGCUUAUAUACAAAAUAAUCCACAAUACGAAGCGUAUAAUACUACUGUACCUGCAGUAACAGUAGCUUCUAAUCCUACAACACAACAACAAGAACAUAUUCAGACAACAACAACAGUCGGUCCUAAUCCUCUGAUUGAUAAAGGAACAUAUACAUAUAUGCCAACCAAUGAAAAAAAACACAAAUCAACUAAAAAAACAGUAGUUGUUCAUACAUCUCGAAAUCCAACACCACCUGCACCAAAAAUUAUUAUAGAACAACCACAUAGAUCUCGAUUACCACGAAAACUUCAAUCAACUACUGUAUUGAAAGAGCGAACUACACAAACACCACAUACAAAAACUACUACUUAUGUUCGUGCUUAA